AUUUAAUUUCUUGAAAAAUAACUAAUAAUAAUAAUAAUCAAGUAGUAGCAAACGAUGAGAUGAGAAGAAGCUCGGAACCUUUCGCUAUUGGAGGAGCUGCCAAUGGCGGUGCGUUUAGUCCUCCCUUUCGUCUACUGAAACCCCCACCUCCACCUCCACCACCGGUUGCGGCUGUAGCGAUCUCUUGACCUUUAAAGAUGGUGACAAAUGAUUAUGUGACGAUUGCGAGUGGAAAGAUGGAAGAUGAGUUUAUAAAACGACACCAUAAACAUGAUGUUAAAGAACAUCAGUGUAGUUCUUCUCUUGUCAAGCACAUCAAGGCUCCUGUUCCUCUUGUGUGGUCUCUGGUGAGGAGAUUUGAUCAACCACAGAAGUAUAAGCCAUUUGUAAGCAGGUGUGUUGUGCAGGGAGACCUUCAGAUUGGAAGUGUUAGAGAGGUGAAUGUUAAGUCCGGACUUCCAGCUACGACUAGUACUGAACGAUUGGAGCUAUUAGACGACGAGGAACACAUUUUUAGUAUGAAGAUUGUUGGUGGAGAUCAUAGACUUAAGAACUAUUCGUCCACUGUUACUGUUCAUCCAGAGGUCAUUGAUGGGAGACCUGGUACAUUGGUGAUCGAGUCAUUUGUUGUGGAUGUGCCUGAUGGAAAUACCAAGGAUGAAACAUGUUACUUUGUUGAGGCCCUGAUCAAGUGCAACCUGAAGUCACUGGCUGAUGUGUCAGAGCGUUUGGCGGUGCAAGACCGGACAGAAUCCAUUGACAGAAUGUAAGUAUGCAGGGCAGGUUCCUAGUGUAGAGGUUCUGAUAACGUGGGUGGAAAUGAAGGUUUUCAUUGUCUGAAGAAUGGAGAGCUUGGCAUCCAAGAGGCAAAGUCACUGUUCUUUUCUUUACGCUUAUGUUCAAUCCCAUUGCUCAUCUUCUGCCUUUAUAGGAUUCGUAAACGAACCAACAUGUUAGAUUGUCCUCCUUUGUUCUUGUUCAAUGCUUUGAUAAUGUGGUACGUAUUCAUAUCUGAUUGUAAAUAUGCAUGCAUUAUGACAAUUGAACAUUAGAAUAUUUGUUUUGCUUUUGAUCAAA